AUGGAUUCCAUCUUUAGCGACAAUGUAGUGCCAGACGCUUCGCAUUUCUCCGUCGCGAUCUACUUGGCUUUUGCUUGUUUCGGGGCCAGGUUCUUCCUUGACAGAUUCGUCUUUCGCAGGUUGGCCAUCAGGCUGUUGGCAAGGGGUAGGGCUCCUUCACGGAUUACCAAAGAAAUGCAAAUAAAGAUUGGAAAAUGUACAGAGUCAUUGUGGAAGCUAACAUACUAUGCUACAGUUGAAGCAUACAUUCUCAAAAUUAUUUACCAUGAACCCUGGUUCAGUAAUACGAAAUUAUACUUAAAAGGCUGGCCAAAUCACGAGUUGAAGAGUCCCCUUGUGAUUUACUAUAUGUGCGAAUGUGGGUUCUACAUCUAUAGCAUUGCUGCUAUUCUGACAUGGGAAACUCGAAGGAAGGAUUUUGCAGUGAUGUUUACUCACCAUGUAAUUACAGUUUUACUGAUUGGGGGCUCAUAUCUGACAGGUUUUUUCAGGAUUGGCUCCAUAAUCCUAGCCCUUCAUGAUGCAAGUGAUGUAUUCUUGGAAGCUGCCAAGGUUUUCAAAUAUUCUGGAAAAGAGUUUGGUGCAAGUGUGUGUUUUGGAUUAUUUGCAAUUUCAUGGCUCAUACUGCGGCUAAUUUUCUUUCCUUUUUGGGUUAUUAAAGCAACAAGCUUUGAUCUUGUGGAGUGCUUAAACCUAUCACUGAGUUAUCACAUGUUCCUUUACUAUGUGUUUAACACAUUGCUUAUAAUGCUGCUCAUCUUCCACGUAUACUGGUGGAUGCUCAUAUUUGCAAUGAUUAAUAGGCAGCUGAAAAAUAGGGGAAAAGUUGGUGAGGAUAUUAGAUCAGAUUCAGAUGAUGAUUGAAUAGCUGAAGGAUUUUGUUGAGUUUUCUUUGUUGCGCUGGUUGGUGUUAGCUCUGCAGAUACUGCUUUUGACUUGUCUGUAGAUUUCUAGGAGUUCAGUUGAGCAAUGCAACUGAUUGAAGAGAGCUAAAAUUUCGAUAGUUUCAAAUUUUUCAUUGAUUAUUGAGUAAAAAGGAAGUAGGGAAACCGUUGAGCGUAUUUUAAUUCACAUAUUUUUGCUGUAUAAAUGAUAGGCAUUCCUGUAUAAUUAUUUUUUUUCUCCAAACAAACCCUUUUAGGUUAGCCAGAGAUUGAAUGAA